UUCCCGCGGCAGCCGCCAUGGCGCCGCGCGGGGCCCGCGCUGCUUUCCCGGCCGCUGCCGCUGCCCUGGUCCUGCUGCUGCUGCCGCCGGCGGGCGCGGGGCUGAGCGGCUACUUCGGCACCAAGUCCCGCUACGAGGAGGUGAACCCGCACCUGGCGCGGGACCCGCUGUCGCUGGGCCCCGGCGCGGCCGCCCCGCCGCCCGCCGCCUGCGCCCCGCUGCAGCUCCGCGCCCUGCUCCGCCACGGCACCCGCUACCCCACGGCCGGGCAGGUCCGCCGCCUGGCCCGCCUGCACGCCCGCCUGCCCCGCCCGGCCGCCUGCCCCGCCGCCGCCGCCCUGGCCGCCUGGCCCAUGUGGUACGAGGAGAGCCUCGACGGGCGGCUGGCGCCGCAGGGCCGGCGCGACAUGGAGCACCUGGCCCGCCGCCUGGCCGCCCGCUUCCCCGCGCUCUUCGCCGCCCGCCGCCCGCUGGCGCUGGCCAGCAGCUCCAAGCACCGCUGCCUGCAGAGCGGCGAGGCCUUCCGGCGCGGGCUCGGGCCGGCCCUCGGCCUCGGCGGCGACGAGGUGGAGGUGGAAGUUAAUGACUCCUUGAUGCGGUUUUUCGAUCACUGCGCCAAGUUUGUGGCCUUGGUGGAAGAGAAUGAGGCAGCAAUGUGCCAGGUGAAUGCCUUCAAAGAGGGGCCGGAGAUGAGGAAGGUCUUGGAGAAGGUGGCGAGUGCCUUGUGUUUGCCCGUGGAGGAGCUGAACGCAGAUCUUGUUCAAGUGGCUUUUCUUACCUGCUCCUAUGAGUUGGCUAUAAAAAAUGUGACCUCUCCAUGGUGUUCACUUUUCACUGAAGAAGAUGCCCAGGUACUGGAAUACCUGAAUGACCUGAAGCAAUACUGGAAGAGAGGAUAUGGCUAUGACAUCAAUAGUCGCUCCAGCUGCAUUUUAUUCCAGGAUAUCUUCCAGCAUUUGGACAAAGCAGUGGAAGAGAGCAAAAGUUCCAAACCCAUUUCUUCACCUUUGAUUGUCCAAGUUGGACAUGCAGAGACACUUCAGCCACUGCUUGCCCUUAUGGGUUUCUUCAAAGAUGAGGAGCCUCUCAAGGCAAACAAUUAUGUCAGACAAAUGCACCGCAAGUUCCGCAGCGGCCGUAUCGUGCCUUAUGCAGCCAACCUGGUGUUUGUGCUUUACCACUGUGACCAAGUGAAGACCUCUGAUGAAGAGUAUCAGGUACAGAUGCUGCUGAAUGAAAAAUUGUUGUCGUUCCAUCACUCAAAUGAAACCAUCUCUACUUACGCCAACCUCAAGAACUAUUACAAGGACAUCCUGGAAAACUGUCACUUCAAAGAAGAGUGUGAAUUACCAAAAGUUAAUACUACUGCUGUUGAUGAACUUUGAGGGAGUGAAACCGAGUGGGUGUUCUGCAAACUGAUCUCAAUUCUGUCCUGUUGAUGUUGUGAUCAAGCACUUUGGAGGAUUGGCUGCUGCUGUGUUGACUUUCUAAACUCACAGACUGGAUGGGGUGUCUCAGUUAGCUCAAUGCACUGUUUAUUUAUUUCCUAAGCAGAAUUACAAAAACAAAUGCUGUAACAGGGAUGUUGCUGAGCAUUUUUAACAAAUAGGUGAUGCAAGAUGAGGCAUACCUGUAUGUUUGUGUGCACGAAUAAGUCUUUUCAUUGGUCCUUCCUCUUAUGAAUGUGCCAUAGAUGGAUUUAAGAGCUGGGGCAACUGCUGUUUGAUCAGAGCUGAAGGUGGCUGGACUGAUUCAGUGCUGCUUUGCACUGCCUGUUUUGCUAGCUGCUGUUUUCCUGUGGCAGACAUGAGAUCAUUCAAACCUGUGAGCUUUUUUACUCCUUUUCCUGAGUCUCUAGGAGGGAGACAGUAAGUGGUCCUUCUCCACAGCUUCCCAGCUUCUGCCUGGACAGCACCAUGCAAGCAUCUCUUUCUUGGGCAUUUAAAGCAGGAGGAGUUGUAGUGUUCCUGUGUGUUACCUGCCUGAAAAGGGUCGAGGGGUUCAGGUGUUUAGUCAUCAUUGACCCAUCCUGCAUAGCAAAUUAGUCUCCAGGGUAAGUAAAUUAUUUUUAAAAUAACCUGAAAAGUUAGGGAGUGGGAAAUAGCCAUUCUUCUUUUAAGGUGUUCUGGGAGAUGCAGCAGUUGUUCUCUAUGUAAUCUGGUGUGUCCUUUCACUUCACACCAUCCACUUCUUCUGUUAAAAAUUUGGGCUAGGACAUUCAGGGAGGGCUCUGCUAUGGCUGUGAGCAUCUUGAUCUUGUUCAAGUGCUGACACUUUUUCUCUGGUUGGAGUGGACCUCUGAAGGUCUCCAGCCCAGCCUCCUGCUUGGAGUGGAAUUACUGUUUGCCCUAAAUCCGGGAAGGGUUUGAGCUGUAAAAAGGAUCUGGCUGAGACUUCUAGCUUUAAGGUACACAAUGUGGUGUCACUUACCAUGUGAUGCCUUAUAUGUGUGAUGUGCCACCUUGUUCUUGAAAUGAACCUGGUUCUAAAGGAAUUGCAUACGAGUACUGGUGACCUUUUAAAGUAGCUUUGUUCACUUGCUACUGAAAUUUGGAAGGUAUUUUAGAGUUCUACAGUGUGGCAGAAAAAGAAGAAAUGAAAGCUGUCCAGAAAUGUCUGAAAUCAAUGUCAGAUAAAAACUGCUUCAUCGUCCAGAAGGAACUGGCUGUGUGCACAUGCUGUGCCCUGGCAACUGAGGCUGUGGGAUUCUGGUGCUGGAUGCUCCCAGUGUGGACUUGCACUCUGCAGUGAGUGUUCCAGAGCUCACUCUGUAAAACCAAGCCUAGUUGGCUGUGUUUACUGGGAGGGGGUGGGAGGUUGGUGUAAGCAAUUACCAUGCGGUAUCAGCUGCACUAUAAACUUUGAUACCCUCACUUGCUUCAGGGUAACCUCUUUUUCUAGCUUCACCUUCAGAACAGGAGCUUAACUAUUGCCAAAACAAAAAUGGAAAGCCAAACUGGCUCAAAGUUGAGUUAAACUUGGUAUAUAAUUUCUUUUUCUUGGGGACUGGGGUUUCUGUCACUUUUUUUUUUAAUAUGGCUGGUUUAAAAGCAUUUAAGGCUUGCAUAUCUGUAAGUUAAGGGCUCUUCCCCACGUUGGGACAGCAGGCCCUGUUGCAUUAGUGCAGCUCUUUCUGUGGAGACCAUGGUUCUGAUCACUGAGGAUACGGGUUAAAACUGGUGGAUAUUUCAGCAUAGACAUCCCAGUGAAAUACUGUGGUUGCUCUGCAGAUCUUUUUCUGGUGGAAUAGUUAGGGAGGAGUAUUGAUGCUGAAACAACUGUAGGAAUCUAGGUCAGGAUAAUUGUCAGCACCAGCAUAUGACUUUUACUGCUCCAUCAGCUUUGCGAGUCUCCAUGAUCUUACCUUGAGACUGUCAUCUGGUCAUAGUUACUGUGACAGAUGCUGUUACAAGCUUUAUUGCAACAUUUGAGGCUAACUGCAGAGAAAGGAACCUUUGUUUAAAGGCACUUAAGUUUGGUAAGUAGCUUGAUCCUGAGAUGAUUCAUGAUUUGAACAGAAGGGAUGAAAGCCUUGGAGACAGAUGAAUGGAGGAUUUCAGUUUGUCAGUUCAGUGACGCUGGUUUUAGGACAUCAUGUUUGUUAAAAGAUAACAUCCUCCUUCCUUAUGGAGGUGGAAUACUUGCACUUGGCUGCUUUUUUGAUCAUGUGCCAGGUGAGGUGGAGGAACCAAAAAAUUCCUUCUACCAUGAAGCAUGAGUUUCUUCUCCAUUACCCAGCUGAUUGUGUGCUUGAAUUCCAUGUAGAGGACAUGGAAUUUCCUAUUUUGCCUUGAAGUACCAGUCCACGUAAAUAUCUUUGGUGGCUGUCAGAAAUUAACUGGAAAAGAAAAUGAGCUGUUUGGUUUCUGCUCUGUACUUAAAGGAUGAGCUGACUCACUUCCCUAGCAGAACUGGAGGCUGAAUGUGGAAACUUUGUGCAACUGUAGCUGUGAAGUGUUUGGGCAUCUAAGUGUUCCAGGCACUUGUUCACAUGACCCAUUCUUACUGUUAGGGAGGUGACUUCAGUAUGACCCUUUUCUUUAGUAAAUCUAUACAUGUAUUUAUAUACUAAAGAGGAGAACUGAAAUGGAUCAAAACAUUGCUGUGAAGUUGGAUGCUGGCUCAGUGAGCAGCGUUUGAACAGGCUGCCAUAUCUUGUGGCACUGCAGGUUACCACGUCCUGAAAAAGUCCUGCAAGAAAAAUGAUGCUUUCUCCUCCUUCACUUGACUCUGGACUAAACACCUCAUCUCAGUCAUCUCCUAAGGACUUUGUUUGCAAUCUUUCUCAAACUGGAAGCUCUCAUGGAUGAAAAAUACCGACAGUGCUCUUGGAUGCUGGCCUUAAAUAUAUUUGAAAUGUAUUUUAUUUUGCUCAAUGUCUAAAGCUUAACUAAUCUUUCUGGCAAAUUACUUUUGUCCUCUUCGUAAGUACUGCUGUUUUAAUUCUGGUUGGCAUCAAGCUGUCAAAUCGCUGGACUCAGUGCAAAUUUGUGAUGACAUGUUCCUAACUGGAUGAAUUCUGAGAACUUGUUAUGGAUUUUUAGUGCUGUGAAAUAAAACUGCACACUUUCUUCA